UGCCUUGUUGUAGAGAGAGAUUCGACCGAAUGGCUGAAAGGGCAGUGAGGAACGUGGUUGAAUCUGGUUUGAUGCCUGAUUGCCUCAUGAGGUUUAUAGAGAGAAAGGUUUUGUUGGGGCAAUGAGUAUAAGCACAAAGGAGCGCGUUCCAUGAGCUUAAGUCUGGAUGGGUUAUUUCGUCGAACAGUUGUUGGGCUUCUGGAGAGAGAAAGCAUUUGGCAUAAAAGUGGAGGACGGAGGUUUGGAGAAAGGGAUCGUUGGGGUGGAGACCAAGCUUGAUGCAGUGGGAAUGGAGAGCUCGGCCUUCCGGCACGGCUGAGAGGGAGGCGCAGGCCCUGACCUUUAGAGAGAGAAAGCGGGCAUGGGGUGAGAGUAGGCCUAGUCUGGGCAUAGAUCAAGGCCACUCUAUCUCUACAUAUCAAGUGAAGUUAAAAGUCAAACUCAGGAACCGAUGGCUCCGGCCUUUCCCCUUCCCCUCACAAAAGUUUGGCACGCAAAUUCAGAAUCCUACAGCAAUAAUGAUUGGAAGAACAGCUCUUGCACAAGAUGAUGUAAGUGGGGAUGGUACAAUAUCCACUGUGCUCUUUAUUGGUGAGCUCAUGAAGCAAUCAGAACGCUAUAUUGACAAAGGCAUGCAUCCGCGUGUUUUGGUGGAUGGUUUUGAAAUUGCCGAGCGAGCCACACUAGAGUUUCUUGAAAAGUUCCAAACCCCUGUUGUGAUGGGCGAUGAACCUGAUAAAGAUAUUCUUAAGAUGGUUGCAAGGACAACACUCAGGACAAAGCUAUAUGAAGCUCUGGCUGAUCAGCUGACUGACAUAGUCGUCAAUGCGGUGCUUUGUAUUCGUAAGCCCGAUGAACCCAUUGAUUUAUUCAUGGUUGAGAUUAUGCUUAUGCGCCACAAAUUUGAUGUAGACACACGCCUGGUGGAAGGUCUCGUUCUUGAUCACAGAUCCGGACAUCCAGAUAUGAAGAGACCUGCUGAGAAUUGCCAUAUUUUGACUUGUAACGUCUCAUUGGAGUAUGAGAAGAGCUUCCCACCAAAUAUGAUGGAAUCCAACGUGAAGAUGCUUACACAGAUUAUUGCUCUAAGGAGAACAAAAAGGAGAAAUAUGGAGCACCUUGUUUUGGCCUGUGGGGAAGAGGAAGUCAAUUCUGUUGAUGUCUUGUCUCCAGAAUGCCUUGGAUGGGCUGGCCUUGUUUAUGAGCGUGUCCUUGGUGAGGAGAAAUACAUAGAGAAUGUGAGGAAUCGCUCCUCAUGUACCAUCUUAAUCAAAGGGCCAAAUGAUCACACUAUUGCUCAGAUCAAGGAUGCUGUCCGUGAUGGUCUGAGAUCUGUCAAAAAUAGAAUUGAAGACGAAGCGGUAAUUUUGGGGGCAGGUGCUUUUGAAGUUGCAGCAAGGCAGCACCUAGUGAACAAUAUACAGAAGACUGUCCAAGGUAACAUUGUGGGGUUGAACCAUCACACUGGGGAACCAAUUGACCCCCAAAUGGAGGGUAUUUUUGACAACUACUCUGUGAAGCGGCAGAUCAGAAACUCUGGGCCUGUGAUUGCUUCCCAAUUGCUUCUUGUGGAUGAAGUUAUUCGUGCUGGCCGAAGCCAACUUAGUCCCCUAGCUUGAAGAAAGUAAAUUUUUGUAACCAUGCCAUGAUUUUGUUUGGAUUUCUCUUGAGUUUAAGAUACUAACUUGGAAGAGUGGGGAGAUUGUUGGGGUUUGCCUUGAGUGUGUGCGCGGUUCUUGUUUAGUGGGUGGGAAAAGCUCCAUCUUCUUGGAUCCUCUUCCAUGAUUAGAGUUUUGUGGGUGAUUUAGAAUGGGUAGGUCUGAAAUCUUUGUACUAUAUUGUUCUCUUUUUAAAACGGCAGAGACCAAAUGCUUGUGAAAUUUGUGGGCACUUUUUCCAUAAUUAGAAAAUGAAUGCUGCAUACUUGAGUCUCUCUCUCUCACAGAGGGUAAUCCAGGGUGGUUGCAAGUGUCUUCUCUUGUUUAAAGAAUGUUGCUUCUUAUUGAAAAGUAAUAAAUGGAACAUGGAUGAGAAAGCUUGUUUUCUAAAUAUUACAUAUGAAAGGCAUUUUGGAAUGCGUGAA